AUAUAAUGCUAUGUCACCCACCAAUAAACGCCAUUUGCCGUCCACCACGUUGGUGUGCGCGAGCUGAUGGACCGAGCGACCUGGGGUGGGUCGCCAAGCCUACGAUAGGCAACAAGUGGUGCCGAAACCCGGGAAUCGUCGUCUGGAUUCGGGUGAACGGCGGCCGGAGCGGCUGGACCAGCCCGGUGGGGGAGGUCAGGGGAGGACGCUCCCGGACCAGGACCAACAAGGAGGAUGGAAGCCCUUGUGAAGGACCGAAUCAUCGGACACCCCCGUAACCCGUAUACCCCGGUGGCGAGAGAAGUUGACAAACUGCGAUGCCUCUGCGUGAUCUUGACUCUGGGGCUUUUUACUACAGGAAAGGCAGAAUCAAAUUACAAUUACCAUCAGUCAUUUAAAUGGUCCCUCCUUCGAUUUGAGAAUCACCAAGUUAUCGCAACUCAAAUAACAUCAGGUGCACCAAGUUUUAAUGCCUCUCUGUGUCAGCUUGUCCCGAGAGACCGAUGUUGGGAAUACCUAGGAUUUUAUAUGUGUCCCAGCUCGAAUCCUGGGAAGGGGUAUUGUAACUCCCCUAACCAAUAUUAUUGUAACUAUUGGGGAUGUGAGACCAUAGCCCCUGCUUGGAUACCGGGCAGUGGUAGAGACAAAUACCUAAAAGUCCAGUGGGGUCCAUACGGGUGCAUCCCACCGCAAGGAUGGCGAGGACGCGGAAAUUGUCAAUACCUCUUCUUAAAUGUUACCAAGCCCCAAGAGGACAGUUGGUUACUUGGAAAAAUUUGGGGAAUAAGGUACACAGAACCAGGGACAGACAAGGGUGGCUUAAUCCUCAUAAAAAAGGAGGUUGUCCCGAAUGAUCCACUGCCAGCAGGCCCCAACCAAGCAUUUGUUAAUGAAGUGGUCGUGACUACUCCCAGUCAGGACUAUGUGACUAAAGAGACCAACAACCAGGAAACAUCUACAGAAAACUAUACUACCACACCAUGCACCACCAAAAUCCCUUAGGGAAAUCCUCUCUGAAAAAUGAUGCAAGCUAGCUACCAAAUAUUGAACAAAACUAACCCAAACCUUACAGAACAUUGCUGGUUGUGCUACGGAAUAAAACCACCCUUCUAUGAGGCUGUAGGGGUGACAUACCUAUACAGGCAAAUGGUACAAAUCCGGCCCAGUGCAUAUGGGACACAGAAAAACAAGGCAUUACAUUAACACAAGUGGUAGGAAGUGGUGUGUGUGUAGGCAAAGUCCCAAAACACAACAACUGUGUGUUAAUAAGACACAAUAUAAAACCCCUGCAAAGUGGUUAAUACCGACCAAAAAUGCCAAGUGGGUUUAUUAUACUAUUGGAGUUACACCUUGUUUGUUGUUGGAAAAAUAUAAUGAAUCCUCAGAAUAUUAUGUCCAGGUAUCUAUAGUCCCUAAAAUCUUUUAUCAUUCCAAAGAAUUUGCCUAUGACUCACAUAUUACCCCAGAACAUCAUCUGUCAAAACGAGAACCCUUUACAGCACUAACGGUAGCUACUCUAAUGAUCACAGGAGGUGCGGGAAUAGGUACAGGAGUAGCAUCCUUGGUGCAACAGAGUAAAGAAUUUAGCGCCUUAAGGGUGGCAGUAGAUGAGGACCUGGCUAGAAUUGAACAAUCAGUAACUGCAUUAGAACAAUCAAUUAGAUCAUUAUCGGAAGUAGUGUUACAAAAUCGAAGAGGAUUAGACCUGAUGUUCUUACAGCAGGGGGUGGUGUGCGCUGCACUAAGAGAAGUGUUGUGUAUAUGCGGACCACACCGGAAUAGUGAGAGACACUAUGGCCAAAUUGUGAGAGCGAGUGGAAAAGCGAAAAAGGGAACGAGAGGCACAACAAACUUGGUUUGAAUCAUGGUUUAACCAUUCACCGUGGCUAACCACCCUGAUAUCUACCUUGAUAGGGCCAAUCGCAAUGAUCACGAUGGCACUGAUCUUUGGACCCUGCAUACUAAAUAGGCUCGUGUCGUUUGUCAAAAGCCGGCUAGAGAAGGUCAACAUUAUGUUGGUAGAACACCAACAACUGCUUUAAGAAUGUAUUUACUCUGUGUUACUCCCAGUUAUCCCUAAUUACCCCAAAUUACACCCCAUUAUUGCCAGUUAUCCCCUAAUUUCCACCUGUUCACUGUACCUUAUGUUUUUUAUUCAAGUUUAUGAUACACUUUUUAAGAUUGUUAUAAAGUAUAGAAUUAAAACCACAAAAAAUUUUUUUAGAAAUAUUAUAUUUUAGCUAAUUUAGUCAUGCAUAGGGAGGGGGGAAAUGUAGUUAGGGUCUGGCGGCCAGAAGAUACCGCGCUGUAUGGAAAGAUAGGGCCCCUCUCCCAAUAGCGUUUAGUUUAUGACGUAAGCAGACGGAAGUGACGUUGUAAACCCAAGCUAUAUAAUGCUAUGUCACCCACCAAUAAACGCCAUUUGCCGUCCACCA